GAUGACAAUAGAAAAACAGGUCGGACAAAGGACAGGGAGGAAGAUAGAGCAAGACAUAAAUCUGCUAAUGACUCGAGCAGACGCAAGAGAAGACGUUCCUCUUCAACUAGCAGUAGAAGUAGAAACAGCAGGGACAGAGAAUUGAGUCAUGAAGGAUCAGACGAUUUGAAGAGUAAGACGCAUUCAAAAAGGCGGAACUUAUCGCCAUCACCUGUCAGGUCAAGGAGAAGGCUGAUGAGGAAGUCGCUAAAUCUGCUGCCCUUAAUCAAAAAAUAAAACGUGUUCUGACUGAAGUUCUUUUGAAGGUUACUGAUGAGCUUUUUUAUGAAAUUGCGUCAAAAGUUCUUGAUGAAGAUAAUCCUGUGGUUGAAGGUGCUGGUUCUGUACAUUCAGAAGAGCACAAUGCUAGCACUGCAAAUCACAAGGUGUCUCCAUCUCCUCCAGAAGUCCUGAUUCCCAAGACUUCUGCUAAGGUUCUAGUUUCUGCUAAACCCAAAGAGCCUGAGACUGAAGAUGUCAGUGAAAAGUCAAGAACUUUUGGAGACGGAUUUGCGCAAAACAAGCCAUGUUGAGUCUAAACACACGAUCAAUGAGUCUGGUAUGAGAGCUAAUCUUGCAAAAAAAGUUCCGGACGACUCUCAAAAUGGGGGAACUCGUAGGAAAUUAAACGAAGAUAGUGAACAUGAAAGUAAAAAGAGUUACUCUGGAGAAAACAUUAAGGAUGCAGAGCUUUGGUUCAGGGCAAAUGAGAAAGGAGAUAGAAAUGGUAAGAAAUCAGAUGAAGUGCAUUCAAGAAAGGAAAAGAAAGAUGAUCGAAAUGGCUCAAAAGAGAAAAAGAAAGAGCGAAGCAGUAGGACUGGAGAAAAAUCAAUGGAAUCUGAAUCAAGGAAAAGAUCCUAUCUUAAUAUGGAGGAGGAUAGGAAAGAGUCGGAGAAACUGCAUAGUUCAAAUGCCAAAGAAGAUGACAAUAGAAAAACAGGUCGUAAAAAGGACAAGGAGGAAGAUAGAGCAAGACAUAAAUCUGCUAAUGACUCAAGGAGACACAAGAGAAGACGUUCCUCUUCAACUAGCAGGAGUAGAAACAGCAAAGACAGAGAAUUGAGUCAUGAAGGAUCAGACGAUUCUAAGAGAAAGACGCAUUCAAAAAGGCGGAACUUAUCACCAUCACCUGUCAGGUCAAGAAGAAGAGAAAAGAGAAGAACGCUCAAGUACAUUGGCGCCAUUGCUGGAAACGAUGCCAUUGAUUACACCGUCAUCUAUUUCUUGGUGGUGAGAAUUUGGUCCACAGGUCAACCACGGCAUUGUCAAGUAGACUAGUAGAGAGCUGCUGAAACAAAGUUGCUCACCAAGUUCCCUUGCGGAGGUUGUAUUGCAUAAUAGGCCUGGAAAUUCGUUACUAGAUAUUAGCUUCUACAAACUUUCAAUUCUACGAACUGUUCUGUUUUCAGAAGAGUUCAUACAAACAUGGUUCAGAAACUUAAAGCUAUGAAGGGAUGCGCAAUGUUGGGAGCAUGAAGUUACUGCUUGGUGUGGUUAGUUCUCCUAUUGAAUUUGACCAUCAAUUUCACAUUAAUAAAAAAUGUCUGCUUUUUGGACGUUUGAACUGGCAGUAGUAGGGUUCAUUUUGGUGUAUCAAUGACAAGUUUGUGAAAUCAAAUUGUGAAAAUGUGUGCUUAAUUCUUAAUCCAUCUUAGAUAUGUUGUAUGAGUUUAACGCAGGCUUGACUUUAACAUGCCCAGUGAAUUGUAAUUCUGCACUCAGCUAGAGCAGAAAGCAGAGACAAUGAAUUGUAAUUUGCAAUUUACUGAGAAAUCAUAAAGAGAGAAACUAUAAUUUCUUGCA